UUCAACUUAUUGCGAGGUAACCACGAAGCUGCGUUCAUCAAUAAGAAUUACGGUUUUUAUCAAGAGUUGAAGGAUCGUUUCAAUGAGUCGCAAGCACUUUUACUGUGGAAGAUGUUCAACGACGUGUUCGAUUACCUGCCACUCGCUGCCCUUGUACAAGGCAAAAUUCUUUGUAUGCACGGUGGUAUUGGACCGAGACUCAAUAAACUGGAUGAUAUUCGUAAUGUAAUCAUUUAUCUCUUAUUAUUACCACUGACAUCAUUAUUUAUUACUUUUGAUGUACCGAAAUUCGGUUCCAAUGAAGAGGAAGCAAAAGGAUUGUCAAUGUCACAUUGA